AUGCUGCCCCUUGCUGUGAUCCUGUCCUGGACUCCCUCUUUCCAUGUAUUCCUCCAGCUGUGCAAGUUGGGCCAUCCCCAUCUCAUCUGCGAUGAAGAACCUGUCCCUGUUGAUUGUGAUUCACCUGCUGCCGGUUCCAUUGGAAGUUUUGGAUCCAGCAACGAUGCAGGGCUGUUAAACCUGUUCUCCACGCCCAUUUCUGUGACCCGUUUAAAUCGUCUCAUUCACGUGUAUCAAAUCCGGACUGAAGUCUAG